AGCUGCUGAUCCCAGCCAUACUGAGGUGUGACAGUGACAGAGUGAAGGCAGUCCUCACUUCAGCUGAGCAAGAAACAAAUGGCAGCACCAAACAAAAGUUGAUCCAGGAUCUUCUUGGAGAGCGUUGUGAUGGCAACAAGAACAUCCUCCACACCACUGUGGCCGCCUGUGCUCCCAUGUCAAACAAGGAAGAGAACGAUCCAAAUUCUGUCACCACAGCAACUCCCUCAGCUCUGAGCUCUGCCAUAGAGGCUAUCAAUGCUGUGAGCAGCGCUGUGGAUGCUCUGACAUCUAUACACAACCGAGGCAGUGGCAGUGAAACUGCUGACAGGCUGGCCGCUAGAAGUGUCAGUCUACGUGAGAUGAUGCGUCGCGCGACAUCCGCCGCCAGAGCCUUCAGUAACAUGGAUCCCAGGGAGCAGAGUGGGGAGAGAGAAGAGCCACCCCCGGGGCUACCUAUCCCUACCCUCAGCUGGCCGCCAGACCCCCAGGAGUUCACCCCUCUAAGAGCAGAGCCAGAGAAGCCUCAUUCCCGCCCUCCCAGUAACCCCCCCACUCCAGGGCCCGGCCCCAGUGGGAGCAGUGGAGGGGGUGUGGGUGGCACCCCUCUCCCAGAGACCCCUCUGGACCCUAUGUCUGUGCCCCCAGUCCGCCUGGAGGAGAAAGAGAGGAAGAGCAACUCCCAGCAGAUCCUGAAGCUGAUUUGUGACAGUCCAGUGCUGCAACCUUAUCUCUUUGACCUGCUCUCGGCUAAGAACGCAGAGGGCUGCACGCCAUUCAUGCAGGCUGUGUGUUGUAGAGCAUACACCGCAGCACUGGUUAUUAUGGACGCCUGUAAGAAGGUCAGUACGAAGGAUGGCCGUCUGGACAAGGACAUGUUGAUGCUGACCAUCUACCCCCCAGGAUCCAGCCUGGACAACUCUCCACUCCAUGUGCUCUGCUGUAAUGACACCUGUAGUUUUACCUGGACAGGUGCUGAACAUAUCAACCAGGACAUAUUUGAGUGUAAGACAUGUGGUCUGUUAGGAACCCUAUGCUGCUGUACAGAGUGUGCCCAGGUCUGUCACAAAGGACACGACUGCAAGUUAAAGAGGACCUCCCCCACUGCCUACUGCGACUGCUGGGAGAAAUGUAAGUGUAAAGCUCUCAUAGCGGGCAACCAGACGGCACGCUUCGAUCUACUCCACCGCCUCCUCUCUGACACAGACCUGGUGAAACAUCCCAAUAACAGGGGGGAGAACAUUCUGCUGUUCCUGGUGCAGAGGGUGGGCAGGCAGCAAGUGGAACAGCGCCAGUAUCGGCCCUCCAGGAAUAGGACUGCAGCCAGGAAAACACCCAUAUCUGAAACUGAGCCAGAGAUGCCGGACCAUGACCUGGAGCCCCCAAGGUUUAGCAGACGAGCUCUGGAGAGGAUCCUGAACGACUGGACUGCAGUCAAGGCUAUGAUGCUGACUGGGGCCAAACAGAAAGCUAGCUGUACAGAUCUGCUGUUUGAGGAUCAGGCUUACCUGAACAGCCAGAGCAGCACCAUGAGACUGGACAAGUUCACACACUGUUUGUUGGUCAAGUGCUCGGUAGAGAUGUUAGACACUCUUCUCACUACCAUGAUUCGCGAGAUGCAGAAUGACAGCGUGGAGGGACGGAAGAUGGAGGCCAGAGACAUUGCGCGGAGGUUCAUACGCUCGGUGGCACGUGUUUAUGUGGUGCUGAACGUAGAAAUGAUACCUCAGACCAAUAGGAGGAGAUGUAUUGUGGUAUCCCAGCCCAUGGUGAAGUGUAAACGUUCCUUCCAAGCUCUGAUCACUAUAGCCAUAGAAGAGCUGUGUGAGACAGCGGACUCCUUGCUAGCACCUGUAAGAAUGGGGGUGGCCAGACCCACAGCGCCAUUUAAUAUGGUGGCAUCCAAUAUAGAUGCUAUACAGGGCAGUGAAGAGAUCUUCUCCGUUGACCCUCUGCCUCCCAGACCCUCCACAGAUCCCUUCAUGCAGUCUCCAGCCUACAUCCCCAGCCCACAGAGGGUUAACGAGGCUGUCCAGGCCCUUGACGUGGACGAGGAUGAUGUGGCUGAUGUAGAAGAGGUGGACAUUGUCCUUGGAGAUCAGGAUGAGGACCAGCACUCUGACCAGCAUUCAGACCAGGAAGAUGACGUUGACGUCCCCCUGGACAGUCACUCAGGGCCGGGAGGUGGACAGGCCAGAGAGCAGGCUGAUGUUGCUGGUGAAAGCGACAUGGACCUGGACCUUCUGGCGGAGUCCGAGAGCGACAGCGAGAGUAGUCAUAGCAACCAGGACAACACCAGUGUACAGAGAAGUGCUGUUACUGCAGCAACAGCUGGCUCUGACGCGGGUGUUGGUAGUUUGGCCUACUUUUCAGAAGAAGAAGGAGAAUCAUCCAAUCAGGAUGAUGAUGAUGAAAGUGAGGCUGCGGAGAGUGAGGAACAUGACCAGGAUGACACGGGAUUUAUUGAUGAGCAACUGGAAAGGCGUAGCACCACAGGUACAGGUGGUCAAAGGAUCUUUUUGACACCUCAGACCAUGCAGUGGGCAGUGCGGGAGAGACAGCCCGCAGCCACGCCCACCUUCACCAACCCUGUUACCAUGGGAACUGCCGGCGGAGCAACCACAGGGUCCAGCGGGCUGAUCUACAUAGACCCGUCUACUCUACGUCACAACAACCGUAGAAUCACAACCACCAAUCAGACAACCACAAAAGAGUCUGACAUCACCGUGUCCACUACGGCCAGUCAGCUGGCCCGCGCCUUUGGGAUCGUGAUUCGCCAGAUUUCAGACCUCCUUACCAUCCUCCAGGACUACCAUGCCCUGGCCCCUAACCUGCCCCGCACCCUGGAUAUACAAUACCAAGAGAUGAUGGAGCUACAGAUGCAUGUAGAACAUCGCCUCAAGGAGACCUGGGAUUGGCUCAUCACCAUCAUGGACUCCACGGAGGCACAGCUUCGCUACGGGUCCAUCGUCAGCGGCAACACGGACCCUGCUCAUGCCGCACACCCAAUGCACGGCACGUUUCUGCGCACACAGCGGGAACGCAAGGCAGAACAGCCAGCACGCACAGAUGGCAACUCCGCCAGGCGAGAUUUUCUGAACUAUGCUCUCUCCCUGAUGCGCUCACACAAUGAUGAGCAGUCAGACGCCAUGCCAAUCAUUGACAUAUCAGCACUGAAACAUGUUGCAUUUGUGCUAGACUCUCUUGUGUAUUACAUGCGGAGUGGCGCUGAUACUGAGACGGAUGUGAUUAAAGAUGGCGCCUCCAUCUACUCUUGGCAAGAGCAUGACGAGAAUGAUAACGAUGAGCAUGAGGAUGAUCCAAUCAGUAAUACAAUCUCCAUGGAGACAGACAGCGUGGAGGGAGACGGAGAAGGUGCUAGCAAAGUGGGGAGGAAACACCCGUUUUUCCAGAGAUCAGAUUCGACCACGUUUCUAGGCUGUCCUGCUCCAGACCCCUUCAGCACCCCUCUCGUGGAGGCCCUGCCGAUGGCAGAUAUUCCGCACCUGCUGCAGCCUAACUCACGCCGCGAGGAGCUGUUUGGUAACCCUAGGCAACCCUUCUCAACCAAUCAGAUGGGGUAUGGUGGAAAUGGAGAUGCAGCCAUGCAGAGUCCCUUUGACAGACUUCCCACCCACCUGUCUCUGUCAACACGCUGUGCUGCUGACACCAAGUCCUCCCAGCUGGUGGCGCCAUCACACACCAAUAUGGCGUCUGAAGUACCGCCAUGUUCUGCAGGACCCAGUACAGCCAGUACAGAGUCCAUGGCAGGGGGCGUGGCAGGAGGGGCCUCAUCCAGCACCAGUGUGAUCGUACGGCCCAGCUUGGCACCAGUGGCGCCCUCACAGCAUGGUGGUUCUACCAGCAGUGGGGUGGCACCUUCCAUGUCACUGGGAGCUCUCCUGCAUGACAUUCAGUCUGUCCCCCAGGACUUGUCUAAGAAAGGUGGCGCCACUGAGAGGGGAUCAAUUCCACCCCUCCUCUCCCAAUCUAGCCCCGUCUCUCAACCGAGUGUCAUCGUCCACGCUGGCUCCAGUCAGACCUCUCUGCUGCCCCCUGGUGGAGGAGGUGGUGCUGGUAGCAUUGGGAGGAUGACAGGAGAGGUCAGCGCUAGUCAAAGCUUUAGCACCUCAAGCCUCAGUGGCGGAACCAGUGCCAGCCAGUCUGCCACCUCGAGUUCAGGAGAACCAGGUUCUUCUGUCAGCGAGAGCUCUGUUCCCUUGCCAUCCAGCUCUCUGCAGUCAGACACCACAGUUGAUCUAGUGGGUGCUAAUGAAAACGUGUCCAACACUGUUGUUGUAGAGACUUCCAGUGUACAGCCUAAUAUAAGCACUGCCAGAACCCAGAACACGUUAGGCCAGAUGGUGUCACAUGACAUCCUGCUGGGAAGAUGGCGGCUCACCCUGGACCUGUUUGGGCGCGUGUUCUGCGAUGACGUGGGCGCAGAGCCAGGGUCAGUGAUCAGUGAACUUGGUGGAUUCCCAGUAAAGGAGAGCAGGUUUAGGAGAGAUAUGGAGAAAUUGAGGAAUUCCCAGCAGAGGGAUUUAUCUCUAGAGGUUGAGCGAGAUCGUAACAGCCUGAUACAGCAGACAGUGAAGCAGCUAAACACUCACUACAACAGGAAGACAGGGACGGAGCAGCCGCUGGCCGUACAUAGAAUUAAAGUGGCAUUUAAAGAUGAGCCGGGAGAGGGCUCUGGGGUCGCCAGGAGUUUUUACACGGCUUUCGCACAGGCGGUGACAUCUAGUGAGAAAUUGCCGAGUCUGGAGGGGUGUCUUGUUGGAACAAAGGGCAUGCAGUAUAAUCUGAUGCAGAGGCUACGAUCAAGAGAACGAGAAAGAGAACGGGAGAGAGAGCGUCUACGGAACCUUAGUCGCCAGCGCAGCCGGGAAGCCAGACGAGCGCUCAACUAUGAUGCACCUCCAUUCUACCUGCCAACAGAUGGCGGCACCCAAGAUAGCACCACUGACACUGACCACUUCUCUGCUCACAGGAGACAACUGGGAGAGAGGCUGUUCCCUAAAGUAGCCAAUCUACAACCUUCUUUGGCCCCCAAGAUCACAGGCAUGCUGCUGGAACUGUCCCCGGCCCAGCUCCUGAUGUUACUGGCCUCUGAGGAGAGCCUAAGACAGAGAGUGGACGAGGCAGUGGACAUAAUUAUGACCCAUGGGAGGGAAAUGAAUGCUGAUGCUCUGCUGGAUCUGGACAUCUUCAACCUGUCUGCUGACAAGACCAAGAAAUCUGGUUCAUCAGCCGGGUCCAGGGCCAGUGACUUGGAGGAGGAAGAGGACGACAGUGCCGCCCUUUUUUGGCAGCCAGGGAAACGAGGGUUUUAUUCCCCAAGACCUGGGAAGAAUUCACUAGAAAGAUUGAACUUGUUUAGAAAUGUUGGGAGAAUAAUAGGACUGUGUCUGCUACAAAACGACAUGUGUCCUCUCUUCCUGAAUCGCCAUGUGAUCAAGUACAUUCUGGGCCGCAGGAUAGGCUGGCACGACCUCGCCUUCUUUGACCCCGUAAUGUACGAGAGCCUGAGACAACUGGUGCUAGACUCUGAGACCAAAGAUGCCUCGCUGAUGUUUGCUGCUCUGGAUCUGACGUUUAGUGUUGAACUCUCCCUUGAAGAGGGUGGUGAGACAGUAGAACUGCUACCAGGUGGCGCUGAGAUUGAAGUGAAUGCCCAGAACGUCCAUGACUACGUGAGGCGGUAUGCGGAAUACAGGAUGGUGCGGGUGGCCGAGAAGGCCAUGGAGAGCAUGAGGCAGGGAGUAUUUGAUGUCAUUCCUAAGAACGGGCUGGACACGCUGACCGCGGAGGAUUUUAGACUGCUGCUCAACGGAGUUGGAGACAUCGAUGUCCAGAGCCUGAUCAGCUACACCUCAUUUAAUGACGAGAGCGGUGAGGGCGGAGAGAAGGUCCAGCGGUUCAAGAGAUGGUUCUGGUCAGUGGUGGAGAAGAUGACCAACCACGAGAGGCAGGACUUGGUCUAUUUCUGGACGUCCAGUCCCGCUCUCCCGGCCAGUGAGGAAGGAUUCCAACCCAUGCCAACCAUCACUGUGCGCCCGGCAGACGACAACCAUCUCCCCACAGCCAACACGUGUAUUAGUCGACUGUAUAUUCCCCUGUACUCAAGCAAGGUCAUAUUAAGGAGUAAACUACUCAUGGCCAUCAAAACAAAAGCUUUUGGCUUUGUCUAACACUGGAAGGAUAGGUAUUAGAAGGACAUUAGACACUACUAAAGCCAAACACAGUCCUGGUAAAAUUUGACAGGUAAAAACAGUCAGCCGACAACUUCAGGGUUUGUCUAACACUGGAGGUUACUAGACACGACUUAAGUCAAAUGGAUUCCUAAUUUGACAUUAAAAAACGGUUUACUUGCUACUGUGGUUUUGUCUAAGACUAGAAGGUGUUAGGUAUGGAUAUUAGACACUUCUACAGCCGUCAGCGAGUUCUGAUGAAAUUACACAGGAAAAAAACAUUAAAACCAAAGUGUUUGUGUAUGUCUAAUUGAAGAAUGUCUCAGUUGGGGUUGCACAGCUGAGCAACAUGUUAGAAUGCUUUUGUGGCUGGAAAAGUCUGUUUUUGUGUUGUGUGCUGGGACGCUGUGGUAAAACUAUUCUGAGGAGUAAAUUGGCAACUGUCACGGCUUGUGCUGUGGAGCUUCAGUGUGAGGAAAAAAGAAACUAUUAGGGAAACAAAGCUUUCCAUUCCCAAGAGAUGUUACUCUAGGUCAUGAAAAUGAAGACUUUUGUUUGGAAGAGAGAUUGAUUUCCACAUGCGAUCAUUACAUUAUUAAGUGUAACAGAAGCUUGCUGUAAAUGAUUCCAAAGGGAAAUUACUAGAACUUGUCCGGAAAGAGUUGAUGGAUAAAGUAUGGUGAUUAGAAAAGCUUUGAUUGCUGCUGUUGAACUAUGGAAUCACUGGGGUGAACAUCAGGUAUUGGAAAUAACAACAUAAUAUACUACAGCUGUAGCUCCAGGUUGAACCGGGGUGAAAGCUCAGAAAAAAAAAAAAAACACUGAUGAAAGCUGUGCACAGAAUAAAAUGAUCAUUCAGCAGAAAUUACUUCUUAGUGAUCUGAAAGAAAGGAAGUGCAUUUAGUUUGUAAGAAGUGGCUCAGGAGUCUGAAUGUAAGCAGGUGUGCCAGGUGCAAACAACAGAUUAUUUUAAGUGUUAAAUGCUGUAGAAUAUGUUCAUUAAUUGACCUCCCGUGGCAAAAGGAGGUCAAAGGUCAUGAGGUCAAAGGUCAUGAUGAGACCAAAGUUCAAUAUGUAUAAGGGACCUAUAGAUACAAAGCAAUUUUCACCAGUUCAAAGUAAGUGUUGAUAUCAUUGUGGUGAGCAUACUUGUACAUAUUGAAGAGCAGACAUAUAGAUGGACCAAAGGUCUGGUUAGCAGUGAACUUUUAUUUUCAUUAUUAUUAUUAUUAUUAUUCAAUUUUUUUCAUCAUUAUUUUAAUAAUUUUGUUAAUAUUAUAA